AUGUUGACGCCUGUGACUGCCGUUACAUCAUCCGAAGUUCAACAAUCACAAAUAUUAGAUGAAUUUGACUAUAAAUUCACAGAUACACUGCCUCCACAAUUGCAAUGUAAUGUUACACGCGAUGAGUACAAACAUGAAGAAUCAAAACGAGUCAGCUUUGGAUUUAUCGCCUCAUUUUUGAAUUGUGGUA